CCAAAACGGACAUGCAGUGAGAUUUAAGUAGAGAGUUGGCUCAUUAAUAGUUGUGCUUCUGUGGCCUUAGGAUCUAGACUUUAAUUCGAUCCUUCCUUCCAAGUGCUGUGAGCUAAAGUUUUCUCCAAGUUGGUUAAUAAUUUAACCGUUAUUGCCGAACGGAAGAGAAAAGUUAGAAUCCAAGUACUCCAAGAAUAUGGCAGAGCCGGAGAAAGAGAAGGAGCCCCAGCAGGAACCCAGCUUGGAAGAGAAGAAGGAGCCAGAAGAGAAAAAGGAGCCAGAACCGACGAAAGAGCCAGACGCGACAAAGGAGCCAGAAGCGACAACGGAGCCAGAAGCACCAAAGGAGCCAGAAGCGACAAAAGAGCCAGAAGAGAAACUAGAAAAGGUGGAGGAAGAGGGGGAAGAUAAGGCGGUGGAAGAGGGGGAGGAAGAAGAGGAUGAUGAAGAGGAGGAGGAUGAAGACGAUGAUGAAGAAGAAGAAAGCUCUGAAGAAGAAGCUCCAGCGCCAGUGAAGCAAAAAUCUAUGGCCAUAUUCAUCCUAUUACACGAAUUUAUCGAGCAGACAAACAGAUUCCUAGUCCAGUUUGAUGAUUUGGUAGAAAAGAGGGAACAACACAAAUCUCUGUAUCUAGCGCACGUGAACCCAUUGAGAGAAAGGCUUGUGGCUUUACUGUUACGGUUCAUGCAAAACGAACUACCACGCGACGAUUACCUAUAUAAACAUAUAAAAUGUUGCGAGGACGAGCCGCUAAACAAUGAAGAAUUUGCAGAGCACUACGAGGAAGUCCACAAGAAGGAUGACGAGAGCAAGUCAUUCUCAGAGAUAGGUACUAUUGAUGCUUUUCAUCAAACCUGUAACCACUACAUUGCUGAGGGAAAAGUUGUUAACGUUGAUUUACUCUUCAAACUGAGACGGCUACUGCGGAAGUCGAAUACUGCCCUAGGAGGUGUUAUGCUGGAUACAAGCGAGUCCAUUAAAGCAUCGAUGGAUUAAACUAUAUAUUUAAUCAAUUAAGAUAGAAUAUUGCCAAACAAGGUGAACUAAAUACUACAAUCCAUUAAUCAAACGACUUAUGAUUCGAAUAAUAAA